AUAGUUACCAGGGAGAUGUAGUACAACAAGUCUACUCUGCCGCCAUUUUGACUUAUCCCGUGUUUUGGAAGAAAAUGGCAUCAACAACACAAAAACUCCUAUCCAAUGUCUUGCUCUUUGAGGAAGUUAUUUAAGGGAGCACUUACGAAACCUUUCAAGUGUUAUAAUGGCGACAGUGAUGAGUCGUGGUACGGCAAACUAUUCCAACAAUAAACUUGGGAUUGAAGUCAAUGAUGAUGUGACUUGGCAAGGGUGGGAACCAGGUGGUGAAUACACCAAAAACAUAGUCCUCAAGAAUGUGCAAGUCAAGACACAAAAGCUCAAAUACAAGGGUCCUUCCACCAGGUUUUUCACCACCCUGUACCCCAAGCCAAUUGUACUCAGCUCUGGGACAAGCUUUACUCUACCUGUCACGUUCAGACCUUUGGAGAAGGACCAAUAUGAAGAUCAGAUUGAGUUUGAAACCAAUGAUGGGGCUUUUAAAAUCCCCAUGAGGGCAGUUCUACCAAAGGCUGAUGUUACAAUCCCAGAGGCAAUCAACUUUAACAUGUGUGCAGUGAAAGACAGCGUUGACCUCACAUUUGAGGUGAAGAACACAAGCGAGUUAAUGAGUACAUUUCAUUGGGAUGUUCCAAGUCCUUUCACAUUUGUCCCCCUGAGUGGCACUCUUGCUCCUGGGACCACUUAUCUCAUCAAGGGCACAUUUUCUCCCAAGGCUGCAAUGGUGUAUGAAGCUGUAGCAGUUUGCAAGUACUCUCACACCCCUGACAAUGUAUCAGAGAAAGCCAUGAAAAUAGAAGGCAUUGGUAAGUUCCCCCAUCUUAUUGUAAGUAGGAGUCCAGGUGCAAAGGCCUUUUCUGAAAAUGAGGACAGGACUGGUCAGGUCACAGUAGACUUUGGCUCUGUACCAAUACAGACCACCAAAACCAAGUGGAUUGAGCUACAAAAUGUAUCUCCAGUAAAUGCUCCAUUCCAAAUCCUACAGCCGUCAUAUGAGGGUAACAUUGACACAGUGUUCACGUGUUCACACUACCAUGGUGUGGUAGGUGCUAACAGCGCAACCAAAAUCAAGAUUUCCUAUAGCCCUCACACACCAAGCCAGCAAUCUGUAGACUACCUUGAAGUUGUUGCCCUGGGUGCAACUAAUUGCUCUCUGAUCAAGUGCAAGGGGACUUGUAAAGGUCCUGAAGUCUGUCUUGACACUGAUUGUCUGGACUUCACUGUUGUGGAGAGUGGAAAGCAAAUUGCAAGAACUUUUAAAGUGGUCAACAACUCUGCUGUCCCUGCAGCGUUCCAGUUCCUUAUUGACUGUGCACAGAGUGUAUUCAAGUUGAACUCCACUUGUGGUUGUAUCCCUGGAGGAGAAUCCAAGACUAUUAUAGCCUACUUUACCCCCGCUAAGCCAAUCAACUACUAUCGGCAGCUUGUUUGUCUUGUUCAGAAUCAGGAUCCAUUAUUUGUUGAUUUGAUAGGAACUUGUCAUACAGAGCAAGUAAAACCUGCUCCUUUGCGUAAAAAACAUUUGGAAAGAUUCAGGAUCAACGAGAGCCGUGGACUCACAAGAAUCCCCCCAGAGCAACUGAACAACUUGCUUUUGGAAAAGAAGUUACGACUGGACGAACAGGGAGCUGUGGAGCCAAUAGAGGGUGUCAGUGCUGGUGAUUGCCGUAAGUCACACCCUAAGCUGAGUCGUGUGGAACAGCUGUUUAAUGAUGGUAGCUAUGGUGACACUGUGGUGACCUUCCCUCAUGUCAGCCUUGAUAUCAACUGCAUGGAGUUUGGCAGGGUCCCGCAUGUCAGAGUUGAACAAAAGACGGUCAAUAUAACAAAUCACACCAAAGGGAAGAUUGUAUGCACUUGGAUGCAGGAUACCAAGGGUGUGUUCUCAGUCAGCCCCGAGGAGUGUGACAUCCUCCCAUUGAAGACCGCCUCCUUUAGAGUGACAUUUAGACCAAAUGCUGCAAAUCAGUUUUUCAGUGCACAGUUGGAAUGUUUUGCUUCCUACAAGAGUAUGCGAGAUUAUCGUCUCGUUGAGGACAAUACAUUCUGCCCUCCAUGGUGCUUAACUCUAAACUCGACAGGACAUACAUUUGCAAUGGGUACAGAGACAUUCAUACCACGAUUUGAAUGGGACACUAAGAACAUGGUUUUCCCUGCCGUUACUCAUGGACGGACCUCAUACCGAACAUUGCUGCUGGAGAAUAAGGGGGCAAACCCAAUUCAUUUUGCAUUUGAAGACGAUCCAAAUAGGAUAUUCUCUUGUUUGCCCAGGACAGGACUUCUCACAGAUCAAUACCAGUUAAUGAUGUUCAGAAUGACGCCUCCUGAACCCCGCUCGUUCACGUUUACCGUCAAAUGUCGAUUAAAUGAUGCCGACAAGUUUACAGAGGAAUUACAACUGAUAGGGUCUGCUGAAUUUCCCCAAGUACAACUGGAAGGAGAGGGUACAGUGUACUUCAAACCCACUUGCGUUGGAACGACAUCGACCCGCCCUCUAUGUGUAAAGAACACCUCCCGUGUUCCCUUGUGCUACCGCUGGAGGGUGUCUGGGAUACACAAGAAAGUUCUUAGAAUUGACGCACCAUAUGGUGUCAUCAUGCCCAACGAGUCCAAGGUGAACACUUUGUCAUUCAGCCCUGCUGAGGCGUCAAAGCAUCUUAUCAAGGCUAAGCUGUUCGUGAGCAGUUACCAAGGAGAUACCAGUGUCGCUGCUGAUGAGACAAAAUACCUUGUUAGGGUAAUCGGCGAAGGAGCGAUUGGAGAACUGGUGUGCUUAGAUGCGAGCGUAGACCUCGGAGACAUCGUGGUGGGGUCUUCAACAUCUAAAGACCUAACACUGCAGAACAACAGCAAUUGCACUCUCCAUUACCGCCUGACCAUUGACCAGGACAUCAAGGGACCGUAUGAUGACGAAAAUACUAUCCGCGACAUCCUGGCCAUGGAGUUGAGUUCGUAUGAUGGAGUGAUCGCAGCCCGCACUUCCAAGAAAAUAACCGCCACAGCUUUCCCAGCCCGCCGGGUCAACUACACCUACACAGUCAACUACGAGCUCAUCUCAACAUCAGACAACGGGGCUAAGCAACUGACCCGCACUAAAACACUGCUGGCUCAAUUGCAGUGCCAGGGAGUGUACCCAACACUUGCCAUGACGGAUGUCAGGGGACUGGGUUCUAACAAAGGCUGCAGCAAGACUAAGCUCUGGAGUCUGUUCUCAUUUGACAGUUUAAAUGAGUGUCUGGAUUCAGACCCAUCUCCACCUGAGCUUAUGUACGUCGCCGCCACGAGACACAGCACCAAGCGGCGAAUCCCUGUCUACACGCGCGCAAUCAUGGACUUUAACUUUGGAGCGGCGCCGGUUGACUCCGAGCCUGCCAUAGUGUACAUGAACCUAGAAAACACUGGCACUGUGCCUUCAGAAUGGGCAUUCCUCUUCCCAAGUGACCUGCAGUUGGAGCUAGAGUACUGGGCUGAGACGGGCGAGUAUGACGCCGAUGAGUUACAUGAGAUGCAAGUCAUGGACAGCAAGCUGUUUACCGUGGAACCCCGCAAAGGGACUCUCGCCCCAGGCUGCUGUCAGACCAUCACAUGCACUUACAGACAUCUUUUCACUGGGUUAAACAAGCUACCGGUGAUUUUCAAAGUGACUCGUGGUCGCGAAAUUCUCCUGAAUUUUAUCGGCGUGACGGUUGACCCAGAGGCAUAUUAUGUGCACUUCGCCAGCACUAAGCACAUGUUUGAGCCGGUCCCUGUGGGCGGAAACUCGCCACCAGUCCAGAUAUACGAGCUGCACAACGGUGGUGCCAAGACAGUCAGCUACGAGCUCGACCUUGAGCCGCUUCACAAGAUACAACAGGAGAACUACGGCUGCCGUGUGCUCGACUGCCUGAACCCAUCAGGGGAGAUCCCUCCUGGCUGUACUGGACUCAUUCACUGGAUUUUCGCACCUCUCGAGGCCAAGACCUACGUGGUUGACAUUCCUGUGAGUAUCAUCGGUGGAGAUUCGGUCCUCGUCACUUUCACAGGAGUUGGCUAUGACCAGAGGAUCAUGGGAGAUACUAUGGCCAUGAAAGAUAGUUCUGCUGCCGGCUUGCCAACCAAGCAGGUUGUUAGUGUGCCACAACAGCUUGCAGUGUUGUCGGAGGAGCGGCUCGCAUUUGGUAACGUGCCCCUAUACAGUGUUUCUAGACAAGUCUUCUUCAUCUCGAAUUCCUCAUCGGAUCACGCCAUCUCGUUCAGAUGGAUGUUAGAGGGAACACCAGCAGAUCAGGUGGUUCUUAUUGAGCCUGAUCACGGUUACCUUCACCCUGGACAAUCCACACUUCUGAAGAUCUCGUUCUUCUCCUGUGGUGCACCCUCCAUGUACGACAUGGACAUUCUGUGUGAGAUCGUAGAUGAGACAGAAAUGGCGAUGUUCAACGAGCGACUUAUAAAGUGGACCAACGAGCAGGAGGAACGCCAAUACACAUUCACCAUUACAGAAGCUGACGUGACCAGACCACGGUCCGGACCACGCCUGAGAUCCCUGGACUCAUCCAACACCCCUCACUCCAAAUCCGAGAGCGAUCUUAGGCGCUACCAAGCCCUCCCCCCAAUAGGCAGUCAGGAGCCCACGAACACCAGUAAACAGAGGAGGAAGUCAAGCACUCCUCCCCAGCCCUCCCCUCCUGAGUCGUUCUGGCUGCAUUUAGGGGUGACCGCGAGGACGCACAUGAUCGCUGAGUUUCACAGAAGUUUCCCGGAAAACACCAACGAAUUCAUUAUUGACCAGCGCUACGUAGUGAAUCACGAGGAGAACAAGGAGACAGGCGACCUGUCUGCUCUCGUCUCAUGCACCAACAGCGAGAUGAACGUCAUCACAGACGUCAUGUCAGUCAUACUCAGGGGUUUGCUGGAGGACAGUAAUUUCCACGGCUCUCUUGGGGAAUUGGAUAACGAGCCGGUCCCAUACUUUAGACAGCUUGGCGAGACCCCUUACAUUUACGAACACACCCCAUCCAGGGCCUCCUCGUCCUCUAGCAGCCGCAGUGAGCCUGGACAUGAGUACCAAGAUGAGCCUGACCAAGCCGAGUCACGUGCUCAGGAGUCCUCGUACCAAGUCUCCCAUCACGACGACCGCGCAUCCAGCCGGACACACGAGAUCGUGCAGCGCAGCAGUUCCGUCCUGUCAGCGGUCGAUCAUCUAAGAGACGAGUCUCUUGACCCCGAAUGGAAGGCUUCACAGCGCAACAAAGCCAGAAGUUUGCCCGAGUUCACGUCGCUACUUGAGUCAGUCAUUGAGAACUCGCUUCUAAACAUCAUGACGGAAGCCAAUUAUGGCGAGCUGAGCCUGACGGCGCGCCCGCGUGUUAUCGCACUUCCGCCCAGCAGACUUGCCAAACGAUGACAAGCGCACAUUAACUGUAUAUAAUAGAAUGUCUGUAGAAAAACUUGCAGGGUUUUUUUUAUUGAAUUGCAAACUAGUUUGUGUGGUAAAUGCCUGCAAGCAUUGGAUAAUAAAACAUUUAUAUUUUCCUGUCGUAAAA